CCUAUUCGCCACAAGUAGCCACAAGCGCCAGCGCUGGCUUGUUCCUUUUGGCCCACGAUAUUUCUGGUGCCCGUAAAUAGGUUAUAUUUUCACCGCAAUAUAUUGGAUUUGUAUAAUCAUGUACGACGAUUACAAUGAUCAGUACGAUACUUACGACGAUUACGGUCCCUCGGACCUGCAUGCUAGUCAAUAUGACAGGUCCAGCUACCGUGAGGUACCUGACGUCGUGAGGAAAUUCCUCAUUUACUUUCGUAACUGCAUAAACGAGGGUAUGAUCUUCGAAAUCCAGAACCUCUACGAAAACUCCUUCCCGAAACUUUCGGAGCAAUUUUUCGAUAAGACGUCCUGGCCAGAUGAGAACGCCGUUGCCCAUAUCGUCGAGAAUGAUCAGGCUUUCCUGAUUCUUUAUAAGGAAUUAUAUUACCGUCAUAUAUACGCACGAAUGCAAGGACCUACUUUGGAGCAACGCCUUGGAUCAUUUUAUAACUACUGCGACCUCUUUAAUUAUAUUCUGAAUGCAGAGACACCAGUUCAACUGGAACUACCUGAUCAGUGGUUAUGGGAGCUCAUCGAUGAAUUUGUGUACCAAUUUCAAUCAUUCACACAGUACCGAGCAAAUCAUUCAAAUAAGACUGCUGAGGAAAUCGAGGGCUUAAACACCCAUAAUAAAGUGUGGGAUGUUCUUUGUGUACUUAAUGUACUGCACUACCUGGUGGAUAAAUCAAAGAUCAAAAGUCAGCUCGAGGUUUAUGCCAGUGGAGGAGAUCCUGAUUCAGUAGCUGGAGUUUUUGGCCGGCAUUCUCUCUACAAAAUGCUUGGUUACUUUUCACUGGUAGGUCUGCUCCGGUUACACUCCUUACUUGGUGACUACUACCAGGCUAUUAAAGUCCUCGAGAAUGUGGAACUCUACAAGAAGAGUGCAUACUCUCAUGUUCCUGGCUGCCAGAUAUCGACAGCUUAUUAUGUGGGCUUUGCGUACAUGAUGAUGCGUCGUUAUGCUGAUGCCAUCAGAACGUUUUCUGGCAUUUUACUUUACAUUCAAAGAACUAAACAACUCUUCGCUGCCAGGAGCUAUCAGAAUGAUCAGAUAAACAAGCAAACGGAACAAAUGUAUCAUCUACUUGCAAUUUGUUUGGUUCUUCAUCCACAAUGCAUUGAUGAGGGUCUUCAACAAGCACUCAGAGAAAGGAACUAUCACGAGAAGAUGUACAAGAUGCAAUAUGGAGAUAUGGCGGAAUUCGAAUCGUGCUUCCUUUACGCAUGUCCAAAAUUCUUAUCUCUUACUCCACCUGGUCCAGACACUCCUGGAGAAGAUUACGUCAAGGAAGCUAUCAGGCAUCAGACUCGUGUCUUCAAGGAUGAAGUAUUGCAGCAAAAGAUGCUGCCUACUAUUCGAUCCUACUUGAAAUUGUAUACUACACUUCCUCUGAGCAAAUUGGCCACAUUUAUGUGCAGUAGCAGACCGGAUGAGAGUUGGGAGUUGGAGAAUGAGGUUCAUGAGUUGACUAUUCACCUCUUGUGUUUUAAACACAAGAUGAAGAACAUUGUAUGGACCAAGGGAGCAUCUGGAUUGGAGGGAAAAUUCCAAUCUGGCUCUGAGCUGGACUUUUACAUUGAUCAUGAUAUGAUCCAUAUUGCUGACACGAAGGUGGCGCAUCGUUAUGGCGAUUUCUUCAUCCGCAAGAUUCUCAAAUUCGAGGAGCUCAACCGUAAGCUUCACCACAUCAAAAUUUAAUUUAUGCAUUUUGAUAAUACUGUACCGCGGCAAAGUGCAGGAAAUAAAACCAUCCUUUGAAAAUAAAUAACUUUAUUCAUA